AUGGACAACGUGAUGAUCGGUAGGGUAGACCGGCCGGUAGACACCACCAUUGACGAGAGGAUGGCCAAGGCGACCGAGAAGCUCGAGGCUGAUUUCGCCAAGGUGGGCACCAAGAUGAGCAGGUUCCCGCACGAGAUGCGGGGGAUCGGCGGCGGCCACCGCUACAUCGCACCGAUCGUGGCGUCCAUCCUCGGCCAGGACGGCUCCUUCUUCGUCGAGCCGAGCGUGGUGGCCAUCGGCCCGUACCACCAUGGCGCGCCUCAUCUGCAGAAGAUGGAGGAGGUCAAGCUGGCGGCGGCCUACAACCUCUGCCGGAGCUCAGGCCACUCUACGGCAGAGGUGUACGGGAAGGUGCUCUCCGUCGCGGGAGCCGCCCGCGACUGCUACGACACCGACGACCCCGCGGUGAUGGGCGUUAACGACGCCGACUUUGCGACCAUGAUGUUCCUCGACGGCUGCUUCCUGCUGGAGUACAUGGUCGCCGGCGACACCAACGAGAUGAUCCGGCGACAAAUCAUGUCCAUGGGGACGAGCAUCCAGAAGGACAUCUUUUUGCUCGAGAACCAGAUCCCAGGAUGGGAGGCAAGUUCCAGGCGUGGACAAUCCGCCGGGGUGGCCGUGGCCAUGGCAACGUUGACGUUGACCACUACAAGUACAAGCCGCCGCAUCUCCUUGGCCUCCUCCGCUUCACUCUGUUCGGCUGCUUGCCUGAGGAGAAGGAGACGCUCAACUACCACGGCUUUGUCUUGGACCAGUCGUUGCUGUCGAGGAGCGCGGAGCGCCACGGAGCUCGCGCAGAUUGGCGUCGCCCUGACCCCUAGCACGGCGCCGUGGUUCGGUGACAUCCGGUUCCGGUGGCGCCACCGCGUGCUCGGCAAGCUGUCCCUGUCGCCGGUGUUCCUGAACCAUUUCACCGCCUGUUGUCUCGUGAACAUGGCGGCGUUCGAGACAAUAUACACCGAUGAAGAAGCGACCAAGGAGCCGGACGGCUUCGCGGUGAGCUCGUACCUGUCGGUGCUGGCGAUGCUCAUGGACGAGAUGCGGGACGUGCAGGAGCUCCGGCAAAGACACCUGCUUCACGGCUCCAUGAGCGACAUACAGGCGCUAGUCUUCUUCAAGGCCCUCUUGGAGCAGAUCGGCACGUACAUGCGCCGCAGGUCGCUGGCGAUCCUCGUAUACCAGUUCGUCUACCUCAACUACUACCAGAUCGCCACUGCCAUCAUAUCCAUCACAAACAGUCAUUAG